CGCUCCGUGUCAGUCAUGUCGUGAAACGAGGAUACCGCAUCAUGUGACGGAAAAUCACUAAAAACGCUGCUUUGCUUGUGUUUUUGUUCAACGAGUGUGCUCUAAUUGAACUAUAAAGAGUUAUGUUCGUGGAAAGAAAAGUAGGCGUUUGCAGUAUUAGUGUGAUAGUGGCAUUUUUCAAGGAUUUUAUUUGACACUUGUUUCCACGUGGUGUCUGUCACCGAUCAGUCGACGUGUAAAAAGUAAUCGCCCUUUUUGUUCACAAAUUCACCCCCACAGCUCAGUUAAUAAAAAAUGGAAUCCUUGAAUAUGUCUAAAUUAAACCUGUCCAACGUAAGAAGCCAAGUUCCUCACGAAAGUGGGACAAAGAGCGUUUCUGAAGCGGAGGCAAAACUGGACGCAAUCACCAUCCGAGAUCCCGAUGACGAGUAUCACUGCGAGUACAGGGAGGACAUUUGGAAGCAUCUUUUGGAACAGGAGGCCGAGAAACCAGUGAUACAUCUGCAGUCCCCUCAGCUAGAGUUCCGAGGCGCCCUAAUCCAGCAACUACGCGACAUCAGCAAGAAGCUCGGCCUGAGCAUCGCCACUCUUCACUCUGCCGCUGCACUCUUAGAUCUGUUCAUGGAUGCGCAUAAACUCCGAGCGGACCGUCUGACGCACGUCGCGUUAGCAUGCUUAAGUCUUGCUGCAAAAAGCGAAGAGAAAUUCAGCCGAGCCCCAACCCUCAAGACCCUCUCCAAGAUCAGCAACGUCCAACUCUGCGGCAAGACAUUCCGCCAGCUAGAAUGGAUGGUGGGCCAGCAUGCAAGGUGGCGGUUACUGGCACCCACACCCGUAACUUUCGCAGCAUUGUUGGCGCAAUAUGUGGUUACCGAUGGGGACCUGACGACAAGGCAUCCAAAAUUCGUGCGACGGUUCAAGAGAGAUGGUGCGAAGCUGCUAGAUGCGUACCUGGAUUUGACAUUGUCAGAUGUCCGCCUCAAGGUAGUGGAAGGUGUGGAAGUGGGCUGCGCCUGCGUGGCGUGCGCGCGCGCCGAGCUGGGGCUGGCGGCGUGGCCGGGCUGGCUGGCCGCCGCCGCGGCGCGCCCGGCCGCGCGGAUCGCGCCGGUCGCGAGAUUGCUGCACCGGAUGAUGCAAAUUCUGAAGUCAAGAGAAACGCCAGCGGAAGCGGAGAUCGACCAAGGCUACAGCAGCGCCAAAACCUCACCGAACCAAACACCAUCCACAUCACCUCUCCAAGUCAGCCCGGCUUCAUCUACCUGCAGCACAUCUACCCGCAGCUACAUCAACGUUGACACUUCCUACCGUCAAAAACCGGUACAAACCGGUAUGUAUUCCGUUCUAGAUUUAAACAACACUAGCGUCACUAAUAUAGAAAAUUAUUAUCUACCAACCGCAGUCGAUAUGACUCUAAGAGUCGACAACCCUAACGAUUACAGGUAUUUUAAGUCGCGUAGGUUAAUCGAAGCUAGCUUAGAGGGCGGAGCUGCCAAUAGGGCUGUGAAACGAGGUUUGGACAGCACGGUUGAGUUGGAUCGGAAAAGGUACCGUUUGACUCAGAUGUCGCAGGUCGUUCAAUGAUUUAUUUCUAGUCGGUCCAUGUUUGUGAAUUUGAUUCUGUGUUUUUUGUAAGCUGAAUAGUGAUAAAUGAGAUUGGAACUAGAUAAGAUACUAGUUACAUUUAUUUUAUUUUUCCUUUUUAAGGUUCCGUACCCAAAGGGUAAAACGGGACCCUAUUACUAAGACUCCGCUGUCCGUCCGUCCGUCCGUCCGUCUGUCACCAGGCUGUAUCUUAUAAACCGUGAUAGCUAGACAGCUGAAAUUUUCACAGAUGAUGUAUUUUGUAUAGAAAUUCUGUGUUCUGUAUAGAAUUUUUUAUUAUUAUUAUUAUUUUUUUCUGUUGCCGCUAUAACAACAAAUACUUAAAAGUACGGAACAGUCGGUGGGCGAGUCCGACGCGCACUUGUCCGGUUUUUUUUUACCGAGUGUUUUUGUUGUCUGACCAUACUUUGUGGGGUAUGUAGGUCAUACUGAGCAACUUUUACUAUAGGGCCAACCCGAAAUAGCAAAAAAAUCUGCUGUCUCAUACAUUUCGGCAAAUCAUUAUAGUUCGUGUCAUCCGCGAUGACGCACAGAUUUGUCAAAUCUAACGAAUAAUACGAGUCGAGGCACGAGUCGUCGUGAAUGACACGAUCUAUAUCGUUAGCCUAGUUCACAAUCGUACUAAUUACGCGGAAUUUUGUAAUUUAGACUUUAUGUCUGUGCACUAAAGUACUAAUAACAAAAAAAAAUCCGCGUAAUUAGUACGAUUGUGAGCAAUGGUAUCGUUAUGUCAAGUACAAGUUGUUCAGUAUGACCAGGGGCUCAUUUCUCGAACGGUAUUGGAAUAAUAUUAUUAGUUUACGAACCGGGGCCCAUUUCUCGAACGGUACUAGUCUAAUAUUAUUAGUCUGUUGCCAUGGUAACCCAUACGACUUGACUGUUGGUGCACUAAUAAUAUUAGUCUAUGAACUAGGGCCCAUUUCUCGAACGGUAUUAGACUAAUAUUAUUAAUCCACAAAAUGUAAUGUAUGUGUGUGUGUGUGUUGUGUGUAAUUAUAUUAGACUAAUACCGUUCAAGAAAUGGGCCCCUAUCUAAUCGUAUGGGUUAGCAUGGCAAUACACUAGUAAUAAAUAUAAUAUUAAUAUAAUACCAUUCGAGAAACGGGCCCCUGUCAAGUCACACACAACACGCUAAUAAUAUUAGACUAAUACCGUUCGAGAAAUGGGCCCCAGCAUAUUAACUCCUCAAGAGUAUGGUCUGACAUAACAAAAACACCGUGUAGUUUAUUUUGGUUAUUGUUUUCGCAAUUUAGAAUGGUGUAAAAUGAACCCGUACAAUUUUGUUACCAGCAUAAGAUCAGUACUUAUACAUAAAAAUAUAAUUUUAUCGUUGUAUUGUGAUUUGUCUUAUAGAAUAAAUUAAUUUAUAAAAAUAUGUAAAAUAUCGUGUUUUGUAACACUCGAAUCUCAUUUAUUACUUUGAAGCAUAUAUCCAAUUUCAUCAAAAAUGAUUGUUGAUAACUUAAUACUGCCAAAAAUUUACAAAUGUGGACAUAAGCAAUUGCAUAUGCUUAAUUCGCGCAUUUGACUUGCAUAUAAGCAUAUUGUAAAAGCAUAUGCAAUUAAUUAGUCUAAUUCCUAUAUCAAGCUGAAUUUUGUAUAAGCUUGCACCAAUAUUAUAUGCUUAGUAAGUUUAUACUUAGAAGGAAUAAGGAGUUUGUAUAAGACGCUCGUUUAUUAUUUCAAUAAUUGCACCUCUUUUUUUCUAUUUAUUCUGUAAAUGUCAACUCAGGUCUCCUUUUCUCCAUAUAUUAAAAAAAUAUAAUUAAAAGGGUUUUGGUAAAUUGAAGGUUUUGAGCGAGUACGACUUAAAGUCCGAGCAUAAGCGAAGUCUUUAAGAAUACGAA